AAAGUAAUUGAAAUUAAACAAAUUGGUAAAAGAUAUGGCGAUAAAACAGUUUUAAAUAAUAUUUCUUUUGUAGUUGAAGAAGGAACUAUUACUGGGUUUAUUGGUCCCAACGGAGCUGGCAAAACAACCACUCUCAAAAUAAUGAUGCGGUUAGUACUAGCCACUCAGGGUGAUGUCUAUAUUAAUGGUCGCUCCGUCAAAAAUGACCCUACUUUUAACGAGCGUUUGGGUUUUAUUCCGGCCGAGCCCAGAUUUCCCAAUCUGACAGUAGAAAAAUAUAUAUUAGAUUGUGCUUAUCUACGGGAUGUUGCCAAGGAGGAAGUGCUGAGAAAACUUUCUAAUUCUCCUUUGAAUCAGUUUCGUUAUCACAAUUUGCUACUAAUGGAUGAACCUUUUAAUGGUCUGGACCCAGAUUUUCGCAAACGACUAUUUGAUAUUCUGGUUAACAUUAGAAAAGAAGGCGGAACCAUUUUUCUUUCCACCCACAUUUUGCCUGAUUUACAGCGAAUGGCCCAAAAUGUAGUAAUGAUUAGAAGAGGAAAAAUCGUUUACAAAGGACUGAUGACCGACGAUAUUGAAAAAACUUACGAAGAAUAUUUUAUUGAGGAAGGCCAAGACCACGGACUAUUUGAAUUAUAA